AUGGACUCGGCGAUAGAAUCCCAGUUCCGACCGAACGGCGGUCUUAACGGCGGCACAAACGGCCAUAUUAGACCUUCACACAAGGUCGCUACGGACGGAGCCAUUCGAGGGUUACUUUCGCGUCAGAACAAUAAUGACACACGGGGUGGACUGUUUGGUGAUGAGGAGGAUGAAGAGGAAGAGACAGAGUCGCCAACCGAGUCGUCCGUGACAAGUCCGUCGUCAGUGACGUCGCCUCCGUAUUGGCUCGGCCACCACCAGCGCUCGAUUUCCAAUAUGUCGGUCGAAUCAGUGCUACCCGCCGGCGCGAUCACAAUGCACGAUAACGAAGCGAGCGACGUCAAUGGUCGAAAUCGAGCCUGCUGGGCAAAGAGUGUCGAGAUUGCCGACUACGUCGUGGUGAACGGCAGCGCAACCAACAUCGGGGCAUUUGUUGUUUGGAACAUAAGAGUCGAGACAUUGCAAGGGAGCUAUAUGAACAUCCGAAAGCGAUACUCCGAGUUCGACGACCUUCGCGAAAAGCUGGUCAAGACGUUCCCCGAUUUCGAAGCAGCAGUACCACCUCUACCACCCAAGAGUGUGAUAUCCAAAUUCCGGCCCCGUUUCCUCGAUAAGAGGAGGGCAGGGCUACAAUAUUUUCUCAAUUGUAUAAUGUUGAAUCCCGAGUUUUCUGGGUCGCCAGUACUCAAGGAGUUUCUCUUCUCGUAA